GUACUUCGACAAUCUUUGGACAGACUGGGUCUAAGGAACAUUGGCAUCAUCGCUGCGGAUGGAGAUUGGAACAUUGCACGGGACAUGAUAGUUGAUCCCAUUCUUAAUGAUGCUGUUGAGCUGUUGAGAUACACAUUGGAUAAGUGCGGUCUGCAGCAGGUGAGGAUCAUAGCCAGCGAUAGACUGUGGGAGCCCAUUUCCUUUGUCUUGCUGCUUGACUCUGAGCUCCAUGGAGCAGUCGAUGUGAUUGGGGCUCACUAUCCCGGAACAAAAACAGUGCAAAAUGCCUUAUUAACUAAGAAGAAGCUGUGGUCUUCAGAAGAUUACAGUACUUUCAAUGAUGAAGUAGGUGCAGGCUGCUGGGCUCGGAUCCUGAACCAAAACUACGUGAAUGGAAACAUGACCUCAACCAUUGCAUGGAACUUGGUGGCUAGUUAUUAUGAAGAGUUGCCCUUUGGUCGAUGUGGAUUAAUGACAGCACAAGAACCAUGGAGUGGCCACUACAGAGUAGAAGCUCCUAUCUGGAUUACAGCACACACAACACAAUUUACUCAGCCAGGCUGGUCAUACUUGGAGGUGGAUGGACACUUGGAAGGAGGUGGCAGUUUUGUAGCUCUGACGGAUGGCCUAGGAAACCUUACCAUCAUCAUUGAAACGAUGACUCGGGAUCACUCUCGGUGUAUCAGGCCUCCACUGCCUUAUUUCAGUGUGACACCUCAGAGAGCAACUUUUAACCUCAAAGGGUCAUUUUAUAUGGUGGACACCCUUCAGGUGUGGCAUUCUAGACUUGGUUUUGAAUCUGGAAACUCUAGUCUUUUCCAGCAACUGCAUCCUGUAAAGGUGUUGAAUGGAAGUCUUUCUUUAGAUCUAAGCGUGGAUGAAGUCUACACAUUAACCACACUCAAGACAGGGCAAAAAUGUGGUGUCCCAGAGCCUCCACCAUCUCAGCCCUUUCCUUCAAAUUACAAAGACGAUUUCAAUAUUCGAAAUCCCCCAUUCAGUGAAGCCCCGAAUUUUGCAGAUCAGACAGGUGUAUUUGAAUACUACGUAAAUGAUUCUGACCCGGGAGAUCAUGUGUUCACACUCCGCCAGGUGGUGGUUCAACGACCAGUCACUUGGGCUUCUGAUGCAGACCAGACCAUCAGUCUCAUAGGAAAUUUUCAGUGGGUAAACAUGACAGUCACUUGUGACAUCUACAUAGAAAAACAACAUGAUGGGGGCGUGUUUGUUGCAGGAAGAGUCGACAACGGUGGUUUAUAUGUUCGACGUACCAAAGGAGUUUUCUUCUGGGUUUUUGCAGAUGGCACCUACAGAGUCACCGGUGAUCUAGCUGGGAGAGAAAUACUAAUGAAAGGACUUUCUGGUGUCCGGGAUAGCGCUUGGCAUACGCUUACUCUCAACAUUCAGGGCACUUCUGCCUCAGGACUGUUAAAUGGUUAUCCACUCUGGGAGAAUGUCACCAUUUCUAAACCAAGUAACGGCUGGGCUGCUAUUGGAACUCGCUCGUUUGAGUUUGCACAGUUUGACAACUUUCAUGUUGAAGCUAGCUGA